GUUUCAAUUUAGUGAUCACAGUGCGAAAAUAUACAAUCUACCCACACACAAAAUGCCAUCCGUUCAAAAGUUCAUGAUCAGUGGAGUAAUUCUAUUCUUUAUUCUAAGUGUUGAUCUGUGCUUAGGUGAGGAGAGUACGUUGAGUGAUGCAAGUGUUGGAGAAUCGAGAACAUUUGGACGUCACUUAUUCAGGAGGAUUAAUUUUGUUCUAAUCCCAACGGCAUUCGUAGUUGGGGUCAUAGCCACCCUUCUGGCUACAUUGACUGUUAUCUCACUGAAAGGUUUGGGAGUUGGCGUUAUUCUCUUGGUUCUCUCCAUUGGACAACUUCUGGCCAGGGGACUACCUCAGCUGACAACUCCACCAACUACUUAUGCCGCUUCUCCGGCAUCCAUUAUUUAUGGCAGGAGCGAUGUUAGGAACCCCGUUUGGAUUGAAAAAGAUUGGACUUCUUAAUCACGGUAGAUCGUACAUCCAAUACACCUAUUUAUUUAUUUAAAAAAAAAGUCAGUGUGUAAGUAGAAUAAGGUGAGAUUCUGCAAUAAAAGAUGAUAUCACGAACACCA